GGGAGAGGCUGAGUGAUUCUCUGGCAGGCAGGACCUGGGGGCUAGGGAAGUUUUUCCUUUUAUUCCUAUUCCUUGGCUUCCCUGCUCCCCUGUUGAUCAGAUCUUGCAUAUCUGCUUGGCACUGUGUCCCUUGUUCUCUCCUCUGUGCCCACCUUGUUUGGAAACUUCUUGCGGCCUGAACUGAGUGAACACACAUGCCAACAGUAUUGCCAAACUUCCUAAACCGUGAGCAUCUCUCUACCAAGCAACUGCUUUAGAAAUUCCAAUCUGGAAGAUACAUAAUAAACCAAAUUGCACUAGAUACCUCAAAGACUUCUUGGUCCCUCCUGUUCUCUCCCCUUCUGCUCUUCUCUGAAAUGCCAAGAAAAUUUGCUGUUGUUUUUAAUUGCAGUGAAAUAAAUUGAAGACAGAUAUGCCCGAGAACUUCCUGGAAAGUUCAUGAAGGUUAGAAUGUGGCCUUUCUCUGAUGAAGAAAAAAGCUACCCUUCUCCUUUAAGCACUGGGCUAGAGCUGAUUUGGGGAAGCAGUGAGCCAGUCAGAAAGGAUGAACUCAGGACUGGGAAAUUAAGGCCCAAGCAUCCUACUUCCCCAGUGUCUCCAACCCAGUCCCUGAAUCUGAGAACCAUAAAGACUACAGAGAAGGAACAAUCCCCAGAGAUAGUUAGUAAAAUCGGGGCAGUGCUGGGACCAGAGUCAAAUCCUGCUGAUCCAUAAUCUGAUGCUACCCUCAUCACACUUGCAGUCAGACUCUUGCCAAGUUUUUAAUUUACUUUCCCAUCCCAGACUACCUUCAACAUCUGUUAGGCCCCAUGGAAGCAGGGCAUCUGCUGGGAACAGCUGUUGAGAUGCGGUUUGGAGGGCUGGUGGGGUGGUCCAUGUGGAGGUAGUUAAUGAGCAAAAUCAAAUGGUGUAGGGAGGGAAAAGAGGGGUGGACAAAUGAACCAGAGAAAGAGUUCUUCUGGACUGGGUACUGGGAGCCUCCUCUUCAGUUUGCCUUCCUCUGACCUUCUCACCCACCCCUCCCAGUUCCUCCCUCUCUCAAGGGCUGAAGUCUGACGGAAAGGUGACUCAUUUGUGUUCUUGGCUGGGAGCUGGGACACCUGGGUUCUUAUUGGUCUGGGCUGAGGCUCAAGCUGCUUAGAUUAUUCCCUUCCUCAUGUGAUCUGAGUUGUGCUGGGCUGUUGCUAGGAACACCUGUUAGAAACGGCUUCUGGUCAGAAGGCACAGGCACAGGAGGAAUCUGAAAGCAGUCUCUCCCACUUCUUCAGUGUGUUUCCAGCCUCUCUAAUGCAGCACCUUUCAAAUCUCCUUUCCUUUCCUCCCUGCCCCCCAAUACCUCCUACCUCUUUUCCUUUCUCCACCCUCCUGGUUUCCCGUCCUUCCCCCACUGUCUUCCAAUCUUCCCUAGGCCCUGCCCCAUUCCCUUCCCUCAUCCCACCCCCACCCGUAGCUCCUCUGUCCAGUGCUGAGGGCUCUCUCACCACUGCUGCCAUGUCAACAGUGCCUCCCAGGAUGGCAACCCAGCUUUGCCACCAGGGGGGCUAUUUUUAUCUGUGGAGCCACCCCCGCCACAAUGCCCAGCCAGCUGCCAGAACUGGGGCUGUCUGUAUAGCAAUGGAAGCCAGAAGCCAGGGGAGUGGGGGGUGGGAAUGCUCGGGUGAGGUGGAGAGCUAGUUGUUCUUGGUUUCUGGAGCUUCGUGCUCUACGUGCUCUGCAGCCUCUGCCUCCACUGCCUCACUGGGGCCUCUGGAAUAAGAAGCCAGAGAGAAGCCCUAAACCUCUGGAGUGGUGGCAUCAGGGAGACUAGAGCUUUCCCACAAAUAUCCAGGUGCCAUUUGAGGCCUGGAUGGAAAGUCAGGGGUCCUGGCUGUAAGAGUGGGCAUAUGGGACUUUGUUUAUGAAUGACUCAAUGAAUAUUUGCUGAACUAACUAAAGAUUUGGACUAAAUAAUUAUCCUUCACAUUCAUGUAUCACUUUAGGGUUCCCAAGGUGUUCUCAUACUAUAUCUCACUAGGUCCUUGCGAAAAUUCUGUGAAGCAUGUAUUAUUUACCCAUUUUAUAGAUCAGGAAACUGAAGCUCAGUGUGACUUUCCCAAGGUCACACAUAGUAAUAAAAUCUAGGCAAAAGUUUGUGAUUUCUUUUUAAAUUUAGUUUUUUCUUUUCAACUGAGCUAGCCAGACAAGUCUCCUGAUUUUAAACUCAUGCCCUCUUUCUAUUGGAAUUAGAUGAUUUCCUUGGUUCUUUCAAUUUCUGAGAUUUGGGAGCUUUGAAGUCAGCCAGUGAAUCCCUUCCCAAGCACUACCUCUUUAUCCCCACCCACCCCCACCCCUUUUUUCUUACCAGAGACAGAGUCUCCCAUCCUUUGUUUCCUACCUCAACCUUAUUCUUCACUGCAGGCUGGGCAGGCAUUAGAGUUGGGUUCCUUUCUAUUUUUAAACUACAUUUAAGGGCUAAAGAAAAUCCAUACUGGACCCUUUGUUGAGGUCAUCACAUUUAUGUCCUGCCUGCCAGCCAGGUGACAGUCUCUUUAGAGGUAGAGUGUGGGGUAUGUGUAUAUGUGUGGGUAAGUGUUUAUGUGUGAAAUUUUUCCCCAGGAAGGGAUGAUGGUUGAUCACUAUCCCUCCUUAUUAGGAACAAUAAAUAAUAAUAACAGGUUAGGACAAAGUAUGCAGCAUGCAUACGUGGGCUGAAGUGUUGAGCAGCCAUUCGUCCAACCAGCUUUGGUUCUAGUGGGUAAGAGAGCAGAGGAAUGGACAAGAUAUCCUCUUCGAGGCUUUUCUGGUCUAAGAAAUCUUUACUUUUCAUUAGGAGAGUUGAGUUUAGCAUUUACUUGGCUAGAGUGGCAGGGUCUGGAGUGAGGGUACAAGAUGAGGCAGGGAAGCUGGCCUGGGUUGGAGGUUGUUAGUGUUCCAGGCUGUGUACUGCCAUCUGCCCCCACUCCCAGUCCCAUCCUGCAAUGCAAGCAUGUCCACAGAACAUGCCAAAUGACCUGUCCUCACCUCCCGGGUGGCAUUCAGGGGCUCUGACACUGGGUCUAGUCCUUUCUCUCUAAAAACACUCAUCAGCUUGUGGCCAUUGUGGGGAGAGUGGCGGUGGGACACAGAGAGAAAGAGAGGGAUACAGAGAGAGUGGAUUUCUUUCUCCCAAGAUCUGCAGCAGCCCUGCUUCACGGCUACCAGGUGUUCACUGGAGAACAGCCUUAAGAUAUUUGACUUCCACUCGUCUUGUUGAGAUCGAAGCCCACUUCCACUUGUCCCAGUACUCGGUGGAGCUGAGAAACAGCAGGUUCCCCAGCUUCAUUUAUUUCUAAUUCUUCAAGGCUUUGGCAUAAUGACAAAGUAUUUUAAUUUCUUCCUGCUUUUGAUGGGUAGGGGUAAAGGGAAAACUUCCUGUCAUAAAAUCCUAGCUGUUGGCCUGUGUCUUCUCUUUUCCCUUUCUGCUGACAUACUCAACUCCAUUAGUUCCUUUUCCUCUCUACCACAUCACCCCCAGCCAGAGACCUAGAUCUAAGAGACUGCAGAUCCCCGAACUCUUCCCCAACGCGUUGGGCUUCACCCGCCGGCUCUCCCCCUUAGCCCCGCCCAACUCCUCAGCUGACCAAUCACGGCCCCAGUGUACAUGUAUUGGUGAUGUCACCUCCUAGCCAAUCAGGAGGCGGGCUGGGACUGUGUGCGCACGUCCACUUGGAGCUGCAGCGAUUGGGUUCUUCCCUCCCCAACCUUGGUGAAAGCAAAGUCUGAAGGCAGGAGAGGGGGUCCUGGUCCUCAGACCCCUCUGGGUGCCUCUUUUGGCCCCUCCUGGGCCAUCUCGUUGCUUCUCCUUACCUCUGAGCAGGAUUGACCUCUCUCUGGUUAAUUCAUGGUUAUUCCCCAAUUUCCAUUUUACACAUGAGAAAACUGGGGCUAGGGGUGUUAAUUUGCCCAACCCCUUGGUUUCUAUGAGCGAGUUCUCUUGACUUUCAUUCUCUGCUUGUGGGUGGAGGGCCCUUCCCUCCCUGUUGAGCCGGCCUCUGGAUAAGGAUCCCCUGACACACAGCUUCAGGAAGCCCCUCCCUACAGUUUCUUAUCCUCUGUGGGAAGUUCAUCCCCCUGUCUUACUUCCAUUCUGUGAGGUGGGUUAAAGCUCAUUUUGAAGAAUGGCCCCAGAAAAAGACCCUGAGAGGGAGCUGAGUCUGCUAAGCUCCUUUUGGGGGUUCUUACAGGACCCCUCCCCCUCACGCUACAGACUUCCUCUCUGUGACAGAUUCAGGAUGAUUCCCUGUUCCUGCACCCUUAAACCUCUUGCUAACACCCUUUUUCCCAAAGAGGAGCCCCACCUCCUCAGACCAAGAGGCUGGCCUGUGCUAUUUCUGUCCUUUCUGGGCUUCUUCUGAGAACAGAUUCUUGUUUCCCAUCUGAUUCAGAUGUGAAACUUUUCCCGCAGCCUCCCCUCUCACCCAGUUCCGGUAGGCUGAGUCUCUGCCUCCCCACUCUCUUCUUCCUGCAGCCAGGCCCCUCCCCAAAGUUCUCUCUGGUCAGUCGCUCAGUUCUACUGGGACCUGGAGGAGGAAGGCAGGGGCCAAAGAGGAAGUUAUCCCCGCUUAGGGGCCCUGGGGCUCCCGGGGUCAGGAUUUUGAUACUGUGAAGCAGGAAACUUUGAUUCCCAUGGCAAACCCUGUUCCUGUUCAGAGGAGCCACCUUCAGGGCCCCAUCCUCAGGCUGCGCUACAUGGUGAAGCAGUUGGAGAAUGGGGAGGUAAACAUUGAGGAGCUGAAGAAAAAUCUGGAGUACACAGCUUCUCUGCUGGAAGCCGUCUACAUAGAUGAGACACGGCAAAUCUUGGACACGGAGGACGAGCUGCAGGAGUUGCGGUCAGAUGCCGUGCCUUCGGAGGUGCGGGACUGGCUGGCCUCCACCUUCACCCAGCAGGCCCGGGCCAAAGGCCGCCGAGCAGAGGAGAAGCCCAAGUUCCGAAGCAUUGUGCACGCUGUGCAGGCGGGGAUCUUCGUGGAACGGAUGUUCCGGAGAACAUACACCUCUGUGGGCCCCACUUAUUCUACUGCGGUCCUCAACUGUUUCAAGAACCUGGAUCUCUGGUGCUUUGACGUCUUUUCCUUGAACCGGGCAGCAGAUGACCAUGCCCUGAGGACCAUUGUUUUUGAAUUGCUGACUCGGCAUAACCUCAUCAGCCGCUUCAAGAUUCCCACUGUGUUUUUGAUGAGUUUCCUGGAUGCCUUGGAGACAGGCUAUGGGAAGUACAAGAAUCCUUACCACAACCAGAUCCAUGCAGCCGAUGUUACCCAGACAGUCCAUUGCUUCUUGCUCCGCACAGGGAUGGUGCACUGCUUGUCAGAGAUUGAGGUCCUGGCCAUCAUCUUUGCUGCAGCUAUCCAUGAUUAUGAGCACACGGGCACUACCAACAGCUUCCACAUCCAGACCAAGUCAGAAUGUGCCAUCCUGUACAAUGAUCGUUCAGUGCUGGAGAAUCACCACAUCAGCUCUGUCUUCCGACUGAUGCAGGAUGAUGAGCUGAACAUUUUCAUCAACCUCACCAAGGAUGAGUUUGUAGAGCUCCGAGCCCUGGUCAUCGAGAUGGUGUUGGCCACAGACAUGUCCUGCCAUUUCCAGCAAGUGAAGACCAUGAAGACAGCCUUGCAACAGCUGGAGAGGAUUGACAAGCCCAAGGCCCUAUCGCUACUGCUCCAUGCUGCUGACAUCAGCCACCCAACCAAGCAGUGGUCAGUCCACAGCCGCUGGACCAAGGCACUCAUGGAGGAAUUCUUCCGCCAGGGUGACAAGGAGGCAGAGUUGGGCCUGCCCUUUUCUCCUCUCUGUGACCGCACUUCCACGCUGGUGGCACAGUCUCAGAUAGGGUUCAUUGACUUCAUUGUGGAGCCCACAUUCUCUGUGCUGACUGAUGUGGCAGAGAAGAGUGUUCAGCCCCUGGCGGAUGAGGACUCCAAGUCUAAAAACCAGCCCAGCUUUCAGUGGCGCCAGCCCUCUCUGGAUGUGGAAGUGGGAGACCCCAACCCUGAUGUGGUCAGCUUUCGUUCCACCUGGAUCAAGCACAUUCAGGAGAACAAGCAGAAAUGGAAGGAACGGGCAGCAAGUGGCAUCACCAACCAGAUGUCCAUUGACGAGUUGUCCCCCUGUGACGAAGAGGCACCCCCAUCCCCUGCUGAAGAUGAACACAAUCAAAAUGGGAAUCUGGACUAGCCCUGGGGCUGGCCCGGGUGUUCAUUGAGUCCAAAGUGUUUGAUGUCAUCAGCACCAUCCAUCAGGACUGGCUCCCCCAUCUGCUCCAAGGGAGCGUGGUUGUGGAAGAAACAACCCACCCGAAGGCCAAAUGCCAGAGAUUUGGGGUUGGGGAAAGGGCCCCUCCCCACCUGACACCCACUGGGGCGUACUUUAAUGUCCCGGCAGCAAGAAUGGGGAACUUCAGGCUCCCAGUGGCCACUGUGCCCGUCCCUUAGCCUCUGGAUUCUCUUCAUGGCCAGGUGGCUGCCAGGGAGCGGGGAGCUUUCUGGAGGCUUCCCAGGGCCUUGGGGGAGGGUCAGAGAUGCCAGCCCCCUGGGACCUCCCCCGUCUUUUUUGCCUCCAAGUUUCUAAGCAAUACAUUUUGGGGGUUCCCUCAGCCCCCCCACCCCAGAUCUUAGCUGGCAGGUCUGGGUCCCCCUUUUCCUCCCCUGGGAAGGGCUGGAAUAGGAUAGAAAUCUGGGGGUUUUCAGAGCCCUAUGUGUGGGAAGGGGAGUGGGUUCCUUCAGGGCAUGGUACCUUUCUAGGACCUGGGAAUGGGGUGGGUAGGACAUCCUCUUCACCCCAGAAUUGCACUGCUUCAGCCCCAUCUCCAGCCUGAUCCUCUGCAAUCUUUCUUCUCUCCCUUUCUGAUACAGUGACUGGGAAAAAAGGAGCCAUUGUGACCAGGGGCUGCGGGAGGCCUUCCCUGGGACCUUCCUUGGGACUGGUCUGGGACCCUGGGGCUUGUCACCUGCCCUGGCUGAGUCCUGAGCCCUUUGCCUCCUUCCUCUCGCCUGGGGCUGGGAGGCUCCCAUCCGACCGAUGUCUGUAACGUGCUUUGAGAUCUCCCCAGCAAAGCACCUUCGGGAUGUAUCGACACCAGCUGGGUUAGGGUCAAGGGUGCCUGGGGAGGGUGAGGUAUAAUCCAGUAAUCCCACGUUGCUAAAAGAGAGGGUCUGUCCCCUCCUUUCCACUUCCCAGAACUGGCCCAGCUGUCGGCACUAAGAAGCUCCUCCCCUGAGACAAGUGAGGGGUGGUGGGUGAAAGGCAGAUGGAGGAGGGGCUCAGGGCUGCUGCCUUCCUGUCCUCUGGAGAGAACUCAGCCAGGCGCGGUGCCCCUUCCUCUCCUCAGGCUCCUCCUUGCCCCCACCUUGCCCCGGGAAAGGCCAAAGUCCAGGUGACUGCCCUCCUUCUUUCUUGUAAAUACCAACCAUGCAUUUGUACAGUGGGCCCUGUUCAUGCAAAAUCCAUAUCCAUGGUCUCCUAGACCUGCUACCCUGAUACUUCCACCCUACCCCACCCCGAGUAGGGCAGAGAUGCAUGUGACUCACCCCUGCCCUUGGUCUCCCAGACCCCUGCUAUUAUAGCCAGAGAACAAUAAAGAAGGGAGACCAGG